CUCCAAGGCUUGCGUACUGGGCAGACCAAGGAGUGCUGGGCAGGACAGUGUAAACCAGCUGGAAUAUCUCAUCACCACGGAGGAUCUAUAUGCGGUAGCUUCAGACACUUUCUGUUGGGCUACGUAAAGUUGCUUGACCAUUUGAAGACCAUUAGCCUGCUGGGUUGCUGUGGAGACAGGUGAACCAUGGAGGACGGGAAGCCAGUGUGGGCUCCCCACCCCACCCACGGGUUCCAGCUGGGCAUGAUCGUCGACAUAGGAGCCGACACACUUACCAUCGAACCCUUGAACCAGGGCAAGAGCAAGAGCUUUCUGGCUCCUAUGAACCAAGUCUUCCCUGCUGAAGAGGAUGUCAACAAGCAUAUGGAGGACAACUGCUCUCUUAUGUACCUCAAUGAAGCCACACUUCUCAACAACGUCAGAGUGCGGUAUAGUAAAGAUAAGAUAUAUACGUAUGUGGCCAACAUCUUGAUAGCAGUGAACCCCUACAUUGACAUCCCCAAACUCUACGCUCCAGAGACCAUUAAGUCGUACCAGGGGCGGUCCCUGGGCACCCUACCCCCUCAUGUAUACGCCAUCGCUGACAAGGCCUACAGGGACAUGCGUGUGCUGAAGAUCAGCCAGUCCAUCAUCGUGUCUGGAGAAUCUGGAGCUGGGAAGACUGAGAACACCAAGUUUGUUCUCAGAUAUCUAACUACGUCAUAUGGGACUGGUCAAGACAUCGAUGAGAGAAUAGUUGAAGCCAACCCCCUGCUAGAGGCUUUUGGAAAUGCAAAGACUGUCCGGAACAACAACAGCAGUCGUUUUGGGAAGUUUGUAGAAAUCCACUUCAAUGAAAAGAAUGCAGUGGUUGGUGGCUUUGUGUCUCACUACCUGCUGGAGAAGUCAAGGAUCUGCAUGCAGAGUAAGGAGGAGAGGAACUACCACAUCUUCUACCGGCUGUGUGCCGGGGCCACAGAGGACAUCAAACACAAACUGCAUCUCGACUCCCCUGACAGUUUCAGGUAUUUGAAUCGAGGAUGCACCAGGUACUUUGCCAGUAAGGACUCGGACACGCAGAUCAUGCAGAACCGCAAGAGUCCUGAGGAUGAUAAGCAUGUGAAGUUGGGUGCCCUGAGAGACCCUCUGCUGGAUGACCUGGGAGACUUCAACCGGAUGUGUGGGGCCAUGAAGAAGAUCGGACUGGACGACACAGAGAAGCUGGACCUUUUCCGGGUGGUAGCUGGGGUGCUCCACCUGGGCAACAUCGACUUUGAGGAGACAGGGAGCACCUCAGGCGGCUGCAUCCUGAAGAGCCAGUGUGGCCAGACUCUGGAGUACUGUGCUGACCUGCUGGGGCUCGACCAGGAGGACCUGCGGGUCAGCCUCACCACCAGGAUCAUGCUCACAACAGCAGGGGGCGCCAAAGGAACAGUUAUCAAGGUGCCUCUGAAGGUGGAGCAGGCCAACAAUGCCCGGGACGCGCUGGCCAAGGCCGUCUACAGCUGUCUUUUUGAUCAUGUGGUCAAAAGGGUCAACCAGUGCUUCCCCUUCCAGACCUCCUCCAACUUCAUAGGCGUGCUGGACAUCGCUGGGUUCGAGUAUUUUGAGCACAACAGCUUUGAGCAGUUCUGCAUCAACUACUGCAACGAGAAGCUUCAGCAGUUCUUCAACGAGCGUAUCCUGAAGGAGGAACAAGAGCUGUACCAGAAGGAAGGACUGGGAGUGAAUGAGGUCCAUUACGUGGACAACCAGGACUGCAUAGACCUGGUGGAGGCCAAACUGGUGGGCAUUCUGGACAUCUUGGAUGAGGAGAACCGUCUGCCUCAGGCUAGCGACCAGCACUUUGCAGACACAGUCCACAGCAAACACAAGGACCACUUCAGACUGACGGUCCCCAGGAAGUCCAAGCUUGCAGUCCACAGGAACGUUAGAGACGACGAAGGCUUCAUCGUCAGACACUUUGCUGGAGCUGUGUGCUACGAAACGACCAAGUUUGUGGAGAAGAAUAAUGAUGCCCUCCACAUGUCCUUGGAGAGCCUGGUGUGUGAGUCCAAGGACAAGUUUGUCAGAGAACUGUUUGAGAACUCCAGCAAUUCAAAGGACUCCAAGCAGAAGGCUGGCAAGCUCAGCUUUAUCAGUGUGGGGAACAAAUUUAAGACCCAGCUGAACCUGCUGCUGGAGAAGCUUCGCAGCACUGGCUCCAGUUUCAUCCGCUGUGUGAAACCCAACCUGAAGAUGGUGAGCCACCAGUUUGAAGGAGCCCAGAUUCUUUCCCAGCUGCAGUGCUCAGGUAUGGUGUCAGUGCUGGACCUCAUGCAGGGCGGCUUCCCAUCCCGAGCCCCCUUCCAUGAACUCUACAACAUGUACAAGCAGUACAUGCCUGACAAGCUCACCAGACUGGACCCCAGACUCUUCUGCAAGGCUUUGUUCAAGGCACUGGGCCUGAAUGAAAAUGACUACAAGUUUGGAUUGACCAGAGUCUUCUUCCGCCCUGGAAAGUUUGCAGAGUUUGACCAGAUCAUGAAGUCUGACCCUGACCACUUGGCUGUGCUGGUGCAGAAGGUCAACCAGUGGCUGGUGUGUAGCCGUUGGAAGAAGGUUCAGUGGUGUUCCCUCUCCGUCAUCAAAUUAAAGAACAAGAUGAAGUACCGAGCAUCUGCCUGUAUUAAGAUUCAGAAGACUGUCCGCAUGUGGCUCUGCAAGAGGAAGCACAAGCCACGCAUCGACGGCAUGGUGAAGGUCCGUCAUCUGAAGCAGAGGAUGGAGCGGUUCACCCAGGUGGUGGCAGGCCUGAAGGAGGGCAAGCAGGAGAUGGCCAAGCAGGUCCAGGAGCUGGCCACCUCCAUAGACACCCUCAUGACUAAGAUCAAGACCACCGUGAUGACCCGGAAGGAGAUAGACGCUGACUACCAGGGUCUGGUGAAGCGCUCGGAGCAGCUACUCUCCUCCAUGCAGAAGAAGAAACAAGAAGAAGAGGAGCGAGAGAGGCUGAAACACAUCGAGGAGGAGAUGGAGAGAGAGAGGAAGAGGAGGGAGGAGGACGAGCGGAGACGCAAGCAGGAGGAGGAUGACAGGAGGCUGAAAGCAGAAAUAGAGCAAAAAAGAAAGCAGGAAGAAGAAGAGAGGAAGAGGGGAGAGGAGGAAGAGAAGAUACUGCAGGCGGAGCUGGAUAUUCAACUGGCUCUGGAGAGAGAGGAGCAGGCCCAGAGGUCGACCAUGGUAGAGCAGGAGAAGAGAGACAGGGAGCUGGCAAUGAGGAUCGCCCAGAGUGAGGCGGAACUCAUCACAGAAGAGGCCCAGCUGGACCCUAGUCUCCGCAGUGAUGGGUAUUUCUCAGGUCUCUCUCCAACCACGAUCAGAGCCAUGGGGGCGCAGGUGCAGGCUACAAAGGCCGCCGCAGGCGUCAAGAAGUACGACCUCAGCAAGUGGAAGUACGCCGAGCUGCGUGACGUCAUCAACACUUCCUGCGAUAUCGAGUUGCUGGCUGCAUGCAGGGAGGAGUUUCACCGCAGACUGAAGGUCUACCACGCCUGGAAGUCCAAGAACAAGAAACAGAAUGGAGAGUCCGAGCAGAGGGCCCCCAAGUCCAUCACUGACUACGCCGAACAGAACCCCGCACCGCCCAUGACAGACCAGCAACAGGAAAUAGCCAUGAACCGCCAUCAGCGCUACUUCCGCAUCCCCUUCAUCCGGCCAGCCGACCAGUACAAAGACCCCCAGAACAAGAAGAAGGGCUGGUGGUACGCCCACUUCGACGGCCCCUGGAUCGCCCGUCAGAUGGAGCUCCACCCUGACAAGCAGCCCGUCGUGCUGGUGGCAGGGAAAGAUGACAUGGAGAUGUGUGAGCUGAGUCUGGAGGAGACCGGCCUGACCAGGAAGAGAGGAGCGGAGAUCCUUCCACGGCAGUUUGAGGAGAUCUGGGAACGCUGCGAUGGGAUCCAGUACCUGAGGAAUGCCAUCGAGAGCAAGCAGGCCCGGCCCACCUACGCCACGGCCAUGCUGCAGAACCUCCUCAAGUGAAGCUGGGGAGGACGCCCCGUCAUGGGCCUGCUGCUGUAGGGGGAAAGCCUUCUGAAAUAUGUCACUUCAAAUGAUCGGUUGAAAGGAAAAUUGGCAUUUAUUUUUUUGUGCAGGGUUCCCUAAUUGGAGUUGUAUAUUGUGCUUGAGGUUAAAUUGAUCACUUAGUCCUGUGGGUGUUGUAAGUAUGAAGUCAACACACUAAGGGAAAACACUCCAUAAUAUUGAGUGUUUUUUUUCAUUUAGGACAUUUAACAUGUAGUUGUUUGAGUAAUUUGACUUUUUUAUGUUGAUUUGUGAUUUUUCGUUUUUUAUGUGUGUGUGAAUAUACAGGAAUGUGCACCACUAUGCAUUCUGUCCUUAUGCAAAAAGGAACUAUGCUUGAAUAAAAUGUCCACACUGAGGCCUUAACUACGAUGAUGCUGCACUAGACAAACGCAUAUUCAAACAUCACUAAGUUAUUAAAUAAUUAAUUGAACAUAGUUGCAACAGUCAUAACAACAUUGUAAAAUUAUUUUGGUUCUUUAAAAGUUGUUAAAUAAUAAUGCUUGUUUGCAUCUGAACUGGACAUUUUUGCCAUAGUGUAGUUUGAAUAGUGGGCUGUUUAGAGGUAAAACAGAGACAUGUUUAUUGGUUUUGUUUAUCACACCCUGAAGGAUGUUACAUCAGUGAUGAAGAUGAGCUGGGAUGAAAAACUCCUCUUUAAAAUGUCAAAACAUUGCGUCAGACUUUUACAAUAGCAAUAAAUCAUUCAAAGGUGUUUGUUUCUUUGAUAGAUAAGAGAUAUCUAUGUUAGUACUGUACCUUGUCUUAGACCUAAUUUUGACCUAAUGUGUAGGUAUGGCAUUAUCGGGCUAUUCCAAUUGAUAACUGAAUACCAUUCAUAUUAACCCUCUCCUCAAAUAUCUUCUAUUCGAAUUGUAUUGAGAUGUUUUUGUUGAUCUAAAAUACUACAUUUAGAAUAUUUUCUAGUGUCAGAAUGUUCUUUUAAAUUAAUAACGUUUGAAAAAUUUAUACAGUAGGCAUUUGUAACAUGUACUGUAUGUCUUUUCUCAGAGAAUAGACUAAAUCCAUGCACCAUGAAUACAAGAAACUGUUGUUCUAUCACCUUCAAACCUACUCCUCAAUAUUAUUAAUAUCAGUUUUUGUCAGUCACCUCAAUGUGGAUGUAAUAUUAUUUGAGGAGUUGCAUUGUUUGAUUGUCUGUGCUCUUAUGUACAGAGCAAGAACAAUACUGACCAUACCCUGUGCAACCAAAUCUUGUAUUCUGUUUUCUGUACUGCAACAUACAUGAAGGAAAUAAACGCAUGCAACCAUACCGUAUGUCAAAGUU